CCCUAGUUUGCUUUCUUCUUUCAGUCGUUGCCUUUUUAAGUUACAAACGAACAACAGAUUAAGCAUCCGAGAAGAAGAUGGCGAUUGAUUCGAUGCAGAGAACAAACAAGCUCCAAUGGGGAGAUAUAGACGAGGAAGAAGACUGUGGUUUCCUGCUUCCGCCUAAAGAAGGUGGUUGAGUAUAAGUUCAACGACGAGGGCAGAAAGGUCAAAAUCACUACCACGACGGAGCUGGAUUAAGUUCCUUGACGCCGCCCAUGAGGAUGCUGGUAGCUACCUCACAAUGCGUUCAACAGAGGAUAUUAUCUUGGAACGAAUUAGAGCUCCUGGUAGCAAGGCGGAAGAAGCAACUUCAUCAGGAGAUAGUAUGUCUCAUUUGGGCAAACCGGGUGCAGUCCUCAUGGUCUGCAGGUUAUGCCACAUGAAAGGUGACCACUGGACAUCAAGAUGCCCACGGAAGGAUCGCUUAUCCUUUACGGACGAGCCUUUAACAGCAGAAACUUCUACAUUCACAGUAGCUGUAACUGGAACUGGGGGCAGGGCUGCUUAUGUCCCGCCAAGCAUGAGACAAGCAGCUGGUUCAGACAUGAGGAGUAGAAAUGAUAUGUUUUUCAUUUUCUAAUCAUAACAUUCUUUGUAAAGUUACUAAAUGUAUAAAGCUUGUUGAUUACAAGUUCUUUGAGAUAAAUAAGAGUUGGA